AUGGAAGACACUUCUCAGAAGCGCAUGAGCGCUAUUCCCCGGCUGUCAAAGCUUCCCGUACCUAGACCAACUUCUCAAAUUCCAAAGCCCACAUCUGCUCUACCGAGACCGACAUCAGUCAUCCGUUCUUCACCGUCAAGGGAGAGCUUGGGUGGUGGUGAGCUACGGAAUCCAAGGCUUCGACCGUCCAUGUCAAGAGACCAGCUACGAACAAGUCAACCAGAUCUUCAACAGCGAGCUCAACGGCUACGACCUACUGCAUCAAGAGAUCAACUCGCUGCUCCCAGAUCAAGACAAACUUCCCUUAUCAACAGACCUCCUCCUAGCAGUCUAUCACCAGCAAAGCCCCCUCAACGAAUUACUUCCGCGGCUUAUCGACCGGUAGACUUAGAUGCCGAUAUUAUCGAGGAGCGAUCUACGACACCUGAAUGUGAUCCUCCAGGCGGAGCUGUUGGGCAUUUUGAGGGGAGCAUGUUUCCUCGUCAAUUGACCCUUACAAGAAGACCCUCGGAGUCUUUUGCUGUCUCACCCCUUUACGAUCCACCCAAUAAUAUCUUCAACCCCAACCAAUCGAGACCACGAACCGCUUCGACCGACGAAGAUGACAGAUCAGAUACAUUGAGCGCAAGCUCUCGCAAGGCAAGGCCUUCUCUUUCCGAGAGGACCAUCGAGACACUAGCCAAGUCCCCUGCUUUAAGGAAGACGUCAAACUUCUUUGAUCAGGGCGUACCAGGAGCUCGAGCUAGCAGUAGCACGCGCUCAAGAGCGGGCAGCAAUGCUUCUCGACCAGGCUCUAGCUAUGCUUCAGACUGUUCAUUGAGAUUAAGCCGUCCUGGCUCCAGCUCUGGCCAAUCUGACCAUGGUUUUCCGAACUUGAGAGCUUCAGUAGGCGGUUUUGCGCCGCUUGCCACCAUCGAUGGAACGCCUCGAAAACGGUCGGAUACUGUGAUAAGAACAACGCCUAAUUCGAGAGCGGGAGCAUCCAAGCCACCACCCUUUGCCAAUGAGGCAAGAAGCCCCAGUCCCGGCAAGACAACUAUCCCGACCCCAAAGUCGGGCUCUAAGUCUUUAGCUAUCCGCCCUGGAAGCUCAAAGGCUUCUGGCCCGGGCAUGUUGAAGAAGCCGUCUCUUCCUGCGCUAAACAAAGCUUCUUUGCAUAGCGCUAACCGACGUGGAUCUGUGAAUUCGACCUCAACUGCUUCCUGGGAUGGUACGAUUCCUUCAAGCGCCACCUCGUUGACAGGCGAGUCAGCUGAGCCUGGAUCACCACCAUCAGCUCGCAAGUCCUCAGCCGCUCUACGUGAGCAGAUCGCCAAGGCAAAGGCUGCGAAACGAGCACAAAUGAAGCAAGCUGCUGAGCUCUCGCAAACAGCCGAAGGAGAAGAGGCGCCAAUCAUUCCCCAUGACACGGGUUUCGACUUUGGCGUCAACCAUGACGAUCCUUUCAACCUUCGCCAAGGAGAAGAUCCCAAGAAGAAGGUCCUUCAGAACCGUGUCAGUGCUGCGAGAACAAGUGGACGGCUUAACAUCGCCGCUCUACACUUGAAGGAGAUUCCUAUCGAGGUCCUCAAGAUGUACGAUCUGGAGAGUAUCGGUACCUUUGACGGUAGUUGGGCUGAGAGCGUCGACUUGACGCGUUUGGUCGCUGCGGAUAAUGAGCUUGAGGAGUUGGAUGAUUUCAUCUUUCCUGAUAGCGAGCCCUCGUCUUUCGACGAGGCUCAAGCUGCUCAGGGCAAUAUCUUUGCUGGUUUGGAGACUCUGGAUAUGCAUGGCAAUCUUCUCGUCAAUGUCCCUCUGGGCUUUCGUCGGUUGACUUGCCUCACAUCCCUGAACUUGGCUUCGAAUCGUCUCACAAACAACAGUCUUGAUACCAUUUCGCAAAUGACCUCUUUGCGCGACUUGAGGCUCAGCAACAACCUCUUUUACGGCCCUCUGAACCCCGCUCUGGCGAGUCUGAGUGAGCUCGAAAUUCUCGACGUGCACAACAAUAACAUCUCUGCGUUGCCUACCAAGAUCGAGAAUAUGUCUCGCCUUCGAAUCGUGAACCUGAGCGAAAACAGCUUCGAAUCUUUGCCUUUCGACAGCCUUGCUACCCUGCCCAUUACUGAACUUAACGUCAGAAAGAACAAGCUCAAGGGUACCUUGAUUGAGGAGCCCAUUGGAUGCUUGCCUCAACUACACACACUAGAUGCUUCCGCGAACCAGCUGGAGCGACUAGUGCCCUUAGGUUCCGCUAUUGACUUGCCCGUUCUGCACUCUCUGUCACUUUCCAUGAACAGAUUGCAGGGACUGCCUGAUAUGACUACCUGGUCAAACCUGUUGACACUUUCAGUGGAGGAGAACUCUAUCUCAGGAAUUCCUAACAGCUUCAUGGGUCUCGAGAAGCUUCGUCACGCCGAUUUCUCUAGCAACGACAUCCGAGUGAUUCCUCCCGAGGUCUCCCGUAUGGACAACCUCACUAUGAUUCGACUCAGCGGAAACCCUCUCCGCGACAAGAAAUUCCUGUCUAUUACUACGGAAGAGCUCAAGGAUGUUCUCGCCAACCGCCUAGAACCUCCCCCUCCGUACCAAGAACCUGCCAGUCAAGGUAUUCUCGAUGUGCUGAGAGAUGCUAAGGAUGCUGAUGCUAAACCUUACGAUGAGGAAGAUUGGCAGUCAAAUGAUAGCUUUGCUACACCUCCCACGAGCCCUAACCGAUCGCGUUCGCACACUGUUUCGAGUCGACGCUCCAGAUCGCACACUCUGUCCAACCAGUCCUGGCCUGUGAAGCCCGGUGGUAUUUUGGAUCGAUCCCAAACCGAGUCAUCGUCGCUCCACCCUGUCGUUUGCUCCAAGGUUGCUGCUGAACACACCGUUCGUCAAAUCUUCCUUCAGAACAACCUUUUUGCCACACUGCCCAACUCACUUAGCUUCUUUGCUGAGACAUUGACCGCUCUGUCUCUGUCGCAUAACAAGUUGGUAGGCGAAGCAUACCUGACUGAGGAGCUGGAGCUGUUGGCUUUGAGGGAACUCAACCUGGCAUCAAACCACAUCACCGGUCUUGGCGCGCUCACCAAAUUCCUCCAUGCGCCUGGCCUGGAGAAGAUUGAUGUUACAAUGAACCGCAUCAACGCCCUCCCAACAGACCUCAAAGAGGUCUUCCCCAACCUCAACGUCUUGCUAGCAAGCAACAACCACAUCGUCGAGCUCGAACCCGACAUGAUCAAGGGCAUCAAGACCGUUGAUGUAAGCAACAACGACAUCUCCCACCUCAACCCCCGCAUCGGCCUUCUCGGAGGACCAGGUGGCCUCGAGAGGUUCGAAGUAUCAGGCAACCGAUUCAGGGUCCCUCGAUGGAACGUGAUUGAGCGCGGCACAGAUGCUACUCUGCGAUGGCUACGGGGUCGUGUGCCGGUUGCUGAGAUGGGCGCUUGGCAGGGAGAUACGGAUGAGAAUGAUGUAGAUUGA